AUGACAAUCUAUGUAAUAAAUCUGACUCAUUGUGUGGAGCUAACAGUCAGUGUCUGCACACUGGGCCGAGCACAUAUGAAUGUGUCUGCGAUGAAGGCUAUCAUAACUUGAGGAAUGUCUGUAUUCCACUAGACCCAUGCCUGGUCAAUAAUGGUGGCUGUGAUAGCACACAAGACUGCAUUUCUCAGAGCCCAUCCCAGGAGAAUGAUACAUUCUGGAACUACUACUACAAACUGACCUACGGUUCUGCCUACACAGAGAAAUCUAAAAUUAUAGCGAGGGAUAUUGUUGCAUCAAAUGGAGCCAUACAUUUAAUAAGUGAUGUAAUGGGACUGAAGGAUAAUCAGUUUGAAGACAGCAAGGAAACUGUUAUGGAUCUGAUCAAACAUCAACCUGAUUACAGUACAAUGUACUCAAUGAUUAGGGCUGCCAACCUUUCUGAGAUGUUCUCCCAGCCAAACAUCACAGUGCUGAUCACCAACAACAGAGCUUGGACCACGUUGUCUCUGCAUGAUCAAAACUACUUGGCUACUGAUACAGAUGGACUAGCAAGGCUGGCCGUGAUUUUAAAACUUCAUAUUUUCCCUGGUGUCAUUGAUGUCACUGACCUGAUCAACUUACAGACUAUGAAAUCAAUCGCAAAUAUUCAGUUCAAAGUUCACGUCUCACUACAGGGACUGAUUUGUGUCAGGAGAUACCAUUAUAGGUUCCAGGGACUGAUUUAUGUCAGGAGAUCCCAUUAUAGGGUCCAGGACCUAUAA